AGGCAGCCUCUUCCUGGUGGAUAAACAGUGACAGCUACAGGGCAGCCACCUAGACCCGCCACACAGGCUCUGGCGCUGCCCGGGCAAACAACACCAAAAUGGCUUCAGACAGUACACACAUCGCGCACUUGACUUCUGAACUGUACUUCCUAAUAGCCCGAUUUCUAGAAGCUGGACCGUGUCAAAAAGCAGCCGAGACCCUGAUAAGGGAGGUGGAGGAGAAGGAGCUGUUACCCAAAAGGCUGGACUGGACAGGGCAGGAGCACCCCGGGACGUACGAAAAUUUGGUGAAACUCUACCGGCACAUCAGCCCAGACCACCUGCUGCAGGUCUGCUCCAGGAUUUGUCCGCUGCUGGAGAGGGAGGUCCCUGCCAGCGUGCCUGGACUCACCAGCCUGCUGGGGGCCGGCAGGCAGAAUCUCCUCCGCACCAGCAAGAGUUGCAAUCAUGUUGUGUGGAAAGGCUCGGCACUGGCUGCUCUUCACUGUGGACGACCACCGGAGCCACCUGUUAUCUAUGGAAGCCCACCUAAUAUCGUGGAGACGAGCUACGGCCGUCGACUGAACGGUUCCUACCGUCUGCGGCAGUUGGUGCCUACUGCUGUUUACCAGCAUAUGAAGAUGCACAAGAGGAUCCUUGGACACCUGUCAUCCGUGUACUGCGUCACCUUUGACAGGACUGGACGACGCAUCUUCACGGGCUCAGACGAUUGCCUUGUGAAGAUCUGGGGGACAGAUGACGGGCGUCUGCUGGCAACACUACGUGGCCAUGCUGCCGAGAUAUCUGACAUGGCUGUGAGCUAUGAGAACACAAUGAUUGCUGCCGGUUCCUGUGACAAGACUAUUAGAGUGUGGUGCUUACAGACCUGUGCCCCUUUGGCUGUCCUGGAAGGACAUGCAGCCUCUAUCACAUCACUACAGUUUUCUCCUCUUUGUAGUGGGUCCAAGCGUUACCUGUCCUCCACCGGAGCUGACGGCACCAUCUGCUUCUGGCAAUGGGAUGCCCGCACGCUCAAGUUUGGUCAGAGGCCCAGUAAGUUCACAGAGCGCUCCAGACCUGGCGUCCAGAUGAUCUGCUCCUCCUUCAGCGCAGGUGGUAUGUUCCUGGCCACAGGAAGCACUGAUCACAUCAUCAGGGUGUACUACUUUGGUUUAGGCCAGCCAGAGAAGAUUUCGGAACUUGAGUCUCAUACAGACAAAGUUGACAGCAUCCAGUUUUCACACUGCAGUGACAGGUUUGUGAGUGGCAGCAGGGAUGGUACAGCACGAAUCUGGCAGCUGCAGCCUCAGGGCUGGAGGAGCAUUCUGCUGGACAUGCAGACCAAAUUACCCGGGAAGUACAACCCUCCUCCGCUGGAAGACAAGGUGACCAAGCUGAAGGUUACCAUGGUAGCAUGGGACCGCCAUGACAGCACAGUGAUCACAGCUGCCAACAAUCUGACACUGAAGGUGUGGAACUCCACCACCGGAAACCUCGUCCAUGUCCUGAUGGGUCAUGAGGAUGAGGUGUUUGUUCUCGAGCCACACCCCUUUGACCCAAGAAUCCUUUUCUCAGCGGGGCAUGAUGGGAAUUGCAUUGUGUGGGACCUGGCCAGAGGAGUCAAGAUCCGCUCCUAUUUCAACAUGAUCGAGGGCCAAGGGCAUGGAGCGUUAUUUGACUGCAAAUGUAGUCCAGAUGGACAGCAUUUUGCAGCUACAGACUCCCAUGGACACCUGCUCAUCUUUGGCUUUGGCUCUAACAGCAAAUACGACAAGAUAGCGGACCAGAUGUUCUUUCAUACUGACUACCGGCCACUUAUCCGGGAUGCUAACAAUUAUGUGCUGGAUGAGCAAACGCAACAGGCACCACACCUGAUGCCCCCACCCUUCCUGGUGGAUGUGGAUGGAAACCCCCACCCUCCUAGAUACCAGCGGCUGGUUCCUGGCAGGCAGGGCUGCAGAGAUGAGCAGCUGAUCCCACAGAUGGGGGUCACGUCAUCAGGCCUGAACCAAGUUGUGAGUGAGCAGGCAGUGGACGGUCCCAGUCCUCUGGAUACUAUGAUCAUGAGGCUGCAGCAGGAACAGGACCAAAGACUGGGAACAAAUGAUGCUGCUGCAAACUCCAGGGCCAGUAGAGGCUCGGUGGGUUCGCCCACAGAGGUGCAUUCCCCACCCAACGUGGGCCUGCGUCGCAGCGGGCAGAUCGAGGGUGUGCGGCAGAUGCACAGCAACGCCCCACGCAGCCAGAUGGCCACAGAGCGAGACCUGGUGGCCUGGAGCCGCAGGGUGCUGGUCCCUGAGCUGGAGGAUGCCUCUGUCAGGAGACAGGUGAACUGGCGAGAGGCUAAAGGGGAGGAGGAGAUCAAUAUUUAUCAGUCAGAGAGGAGGAGACGAACCAUCCACUCUCUGCCCAAGGAGAGCAGGGUUCAUCCAACAUCAGAAUGUGUAGUUGACGAAGGGAGGAGGAGCCAGGGUAAUCACGGCUAUCACACUCGUGCUGCUAUGGAGGAGACGAGUCACCAGAGUGCUGAGGCUGCAGAUGAUGAUGAAAGCAACUCAGAGGGAGAGGUGGAGGUACGGCAAAUCAAUGGACACUCGUCAGAAGAGGAGAAGGAUGAGGAAGAAAAAGAGCCCUGGCCAGAUGACCACAGUAGUUCAAGUGACUACUCCAGUGAUUACUCUGAUUGGACAGCGGAUGCGGGGAUCAACCUUGAACCACCCAAGAAGAGUGUUAAAGUGAAAAAGAAGAGCAGCAGCUCUGAGGAGGAUGGAGAAAAGAAGAGGGACGGGAAGAAAGAAAGAAAGAAAGACAAACCGGACAAAGACGGCGCAUUACCAAAGAAGAAGAAGCCAAAGGAGAAGAGGAAGAGGACUGAGUUUCAGGAGGAAGGGCUAACUCUGGAAGAAUGGCUUCCCUCUGCCUGGAUUACAGACACGGUCCCCCGGAGAUGUCCCUACAUACCCCAGAUGGGAGAUGAGGUAUACUACUUCAGACAGGGCCAUGAAGCCUACGUGGAGAUGGCCAAACAGAAAAAGAUUUACAGCAUCAAUCCUAAGAAGCAGCCGUGGCACAAGAUGGAGCUUCGGGAACAGGAAUUGAUGAAGAUAGUUGGCAUCAAGUAUGAGGUGGGCUUGCCCACACUGUGCUGUCUGAAGCUUUCCUUCCUGGACCCUGAUACAGGCAAACUGACAGGAGGAUCCUUCUCUAUGAAAUACCAUGACAUGCCAGAUGUAAUAGACUUCCUGGUGUUGCGGCAGCAGUUUGAUAAUGCCAGAAAGAGGCAGUGGAGUAUAGGCGAUAGGUUUCGGUCAGUGAUUGACGACGCCUGGUGGUUUGGGACCAUUGAGAGCCAGGAGCCCUACCAGCCCACGUAUCCUGACAGUCUGUUCCAGUGCUACAAUGUCUGCUGGGAUAAUGGAGAUACGGAGAAGAUGAGUCCUUGGGAUAUGGAGCCCAUCCCUGAUGAUGCCACGUUCCCUGACGAGCUGGGCACAAGUGUCCCCCUGAUGGAACAAGAGCAGAAGGAGCUGCUGUACAUCCCUCUGGAUGGGGAAUGGGGCUGCCACACACGUGCAGAGGAGUGUGAACGCAUCAUCAAAGCCAUCAACCAGCUCUGCACACUCGAUGUGGCAGCACCAUUUGCCUUUCCAGUGGACCUACAAGCUUACCCCACGUACUGCACAGUAGUGGCCUACGUCACUGACCUCAGCACCAUACGCCAAAGGCUAGUGAACCGCUUCUACAGACGGCUGUCCUCACUGAUGUGGGAGGUUCGUUAUAUAGAACACAACGCCCAAACAUUCAAUGAGCCAGGGUCAUUCAUCGUCACUACUGCGAAGUUUGUCUCCGACCUCAUGCUGCAGUUCAUUAAGGACCAAAGUCUGACAGAGAUCAUGCCACUCUACAAAACUAUGAAGAAAGCAACCUUCUCUGACUCUGAAGAUGAGGAUGAUGAGGAGGAUGAUGAAGAUAUUAAUACUCCUGGAACAUCUACACGGAACCAUAAGGCUCGGCGACCAAUGCAGCGCCAACUGCGAAAUCGACCACAUUCGUAUGACCCUCAUGCGUGGAGGGGUCGGUGUAAGGAGCUGCUGGAUCUCAUCUUUCAGUGUGAAGACUCAGAGCCCUUCAGAGAACCUGUGAACCUACGAGAGUAUCCGGACUACCUGCAAAUCGUUGAUUCACCAAUGGACUUUGGCACUGUUCUCAACGCGCUAACAGCAGGAAAGUACCAGUCUCCCAUUGAGCUCUGUAAAGAUGUCCGACUCAUUUUCAGCAAUUCCAAAGCUUACACGCCCAGUAAGAAGUCUCGGAUCUACAGUAUGAGUCUGAGGCUUUCUGCACUGUUUGAAGAGCAUAUCAGCUCUAUCCUGGCUGACUACAAGGCCAUCCAUGGCCUGACAGAUAGACUGACCAGACAGGGCACAGAACGACAGACGCGAUUCACCACAGACAGACAGACACGGCAUGCCAUGAAGAGGAGGAGGCGGAGGAGCGAGUCUCCCACAAGCAGCAAUGCUUCCAGCCCAGAGAGGAAGAGACGUGUAUCAUCCAGGGUGACUGCAAAGAGGGAGCCAUCCCCAGCUCCUUCACGAUCCUCCUCCCUGAGGCAGAGUGUACCCCUUAAACAGCUCCCCCAGCUAGUCAACGGGAAGGCGGACACACCGACUGCAGGGCGGACACGCAGCGCAGCACGCCACUCUGCACACUCUCCACCCUCCUCUUCCUCUUCACAUAACACUGCGAGCAACACACCGAGCACAGCAGAGUCUACUCGUUUGCUGAGGGCUCAUAACUCUGUGUCAGCUUCAACACCACCAGCUUCUGAAAAAGUGACACCCACUCCAGUCACAGAAAGUAGCAUUGGCGGAAGCACCCGGCGGAAACUCAGGACUCCUGUACGACAUACACCUGGUUCUCCUGCCAGCCCUUCAUCUCAGAGCACAGUCCACCUGAAUGGCCACAGUAGUCAUAUGACUCUGAGCAUGGGGAGAAGGGGGCGGAAAUCCAGAACGGACCCACCGGUGAGUCCUCCAGAGGUUACAACCCCAACCAGCCCUUCCAGAGCCCGAGGUCGCCCGCCUGGUAAGAAGAGAGGCAGGAAGAGCAAGCAGGAGCUGGAGGAGAUCAGAAGGAGCAGCAACCGCAGGAGCUCCACCCCUGAUGAUGAACUCGACCAGUCAACGGGCGACGAAGGCGGGACAUCUUCCACACAGGAAACAUCUGUGCUGUCAGACUCUGGGACAGUGUCAGUGCCUAGACGGCGUGGCCGGCCCCGAGUGGUAAGAACUGAUGACUCCACUCCUCCGACUGAGUCGCCUGAGCCCUCACCGCUGAGGAGGAGCAGCAGGAGAGCCAAUGAAGAGGUCACGCCUCCGGCACAGACUGCUCCCCAGCGAUCCAGUCGUAAGGAGUCUCCAAAGGAAGAGGCAGGGGAGGGGACAGGAGCGUCCAUGCGCACACGUAACCAGGGGCGGCGGUCGGCAUGGUACAUGGAGGAAGACUCUGAGGAGGAGCAGAGGCAGCUGCUGUUUGAGGACUCAUCAAUCACCUUUGGCACCUCCUCAAAGGGACGUGUCCGCAAGCUGACAGAAAAGGCCAAAGCCAACCUGAUAGGCUGGUAACACCACAGACGUGCAGGGUGUGGAGAGGAGAGAAGAGAUCUGGCUGAGAUUUCUGAGCUUAUGCGUGGGAAGAGUAGGGGGCCGAGUUGAGGAAGUCAUGCUCAGUGUUGUAUGCAUUUGUGUGCACAUAUGUGUUUGCGGGCCUGGGGAGCCACUGGUCCAGCUGCUGAUAUUUGAAGCUGCAGCUAUGGAGAGAAAACAGUGCAGUUAAUGUACAUGUCCACUCCUCCUUCCUCCUGACCCAGGUAACACAUCACGACAGCAGCCGGUGAUUUCCUGACAACACGUUCAUUUGACCUUACUGGUCAAGUUGGAUCCGACCGGCAUUUGCUGACUCCUUCGUUGGUGGUUUUGUAACUCGCUUCUGUCCAGUAAACCACUCUUCACAUCUUUCUGACCUGUUGGUGUCAGACUGGGCAAAACAGCAGUUGAACAGAAUUUUAGUACUUGAAAAAAAUCACGAGGAGAGCUGGCUGUAUCUUAUCUCUGCUGGGUAUGUCAAAGAAUGCCCACUGAUCUAAAAUUGGUAGGUUUGUGGCAGACUACAGACCGCUGGCCUCACAACGUCUUUCACCCCCUCUUCAUUCUUCCCACUCUUUUUUAAUAGAACCCCAUCUGCUUUUCUAAGAUUUCUACGUAACAAUAAGCUCUCUGUUUUGGAAGUCUUACAGAUUGGUUGACCUGAGUGUGUCUGUCUGCGCUAAAAUACCAAAUGGUGUACCUUUGUAGGUACUGUAGAUCUGUAGGAUUUGUUUACUAUUUGUGUGUGUGUGUGUGUCUGAAUGUGUGAGUUGUCUUUCUUUUGCAUGUUAAUUAGAAGGAGGAAGCAUCUCUUUUUUCUAGAAGCUGUUUUUACUGUGAGGAGAAAAAGAAUUCUGAGUGAAAGGGGUCAUUUAAAUGUUUCAAUAGAUCAUGUGUCAAUGCGUCCUCAACAUUAGCAAUACCUUGUGCCUUUAUGUCUUUGGUCUGUGUGCGCGCGUGUGUGUGUGUGUGUAAGCGUGCUUGGCCCUGGCCCUGCAAAGUACAUGUGCCUGUAUGUGUAAAAACUUAUGCUGUGACUGUGCGAAUGUGUGCAAGUUAAGGAAUGUGCGUGUUUUUAUAACACAACUAUCAUUCAUUUCAGCGUACAAACAGUGGCAUACAGUUUGGUCAUUGUGAAACCUCUCAAAGAAAUGUAUUUAUAGCGGUUGAUAAAAAAGACUUUACUAUUGUUGUGCGCACCAUUAAUCAUAUCAGUAUAUUACCCUAUAACCAGCCUAUGGUCAGUUUAUACCCGAGGUACAGUGAGUGGAGCUGUGGGCGACUAGCUUUGAGAUGCACUUACCACAGGCUGGUUAUCAUUGCAGUUGUAGGGAGUAACGCUGUGUAUUUUAAAAUUGUUAACAUAUAAAAUUGAACUUCUAAAAUGUUAUGUUUCUAUGGUGACCACGUGCGUGCACACACGCACAUACACACACACACACAGACACACAGUGUCUUGCAUGUUCUAGCACCUUCUCAUGCCUAAAGCAAAACAAGAUUGAAACUGGAGAGGCAGAGAGACAAGUCUUAUAUUCAUCUGUCUGAUUGUGUGCCUUUGCUACUCUGGCAUAUUGAAUUCUUGGUUUUUCCUUUUGGGGCCUUUUUUGUGUUUUGUUUCUUUUUUAAAUUUUGUUUUUGGACUUCCUGGUUCUGCUCAUCGCUGGGAGAACUGGACUUUGGGGACUGGGCCGGACCUGACAGGCUCAUGCGGAUGGCUUAUGAAUGAGAGAGGAAACUGAAAAAGUAACAGUGACAGGAGACAUUGUCUCACUAUCUCUGUCCAUUCCCCUAACUGACUGAGUUUAUAAAGAUGGCGGUCUCCACUUUUGACAUAGUUUUGCUUUUCCCAGCACAGAGCAAAUAAAUGCCAAAAUCUGACACCUGUGUUAUGAGAACUGGACGUAGCUUCUAUGUACAUCAGGUUCACUUCAUAGGUCUUUCAUGUCACAUAUUAUUCUGCAUAUAUGUGUUUAUCAUUUUGGUGUUGUUUUGUUAUGGAUGCCAACUUCUGUCUUUGGGCACUGAAGUUUUAGAGCAUGGCUUUUGAAUGUGUUUAUUUUCUGAAGCAGUUUUACUGUGUUGACCUUUUUGCAUAUAAUGCAUCAGCUGUAUUCUGUCUGUUCCCUUGUCAUAGAAGACAAUGUUUUGGUGGCUGUAUCUAUGGAGCCUCACGGUUGGAAGGGUGUUUUAUACUCUGUCACAUAUUAUUGGACAAUUUACAACAUUUUUCAGUCAUAAGCACUUUGUCUGUAUUAUAUAUAUGAAGAGUUUUGUUCCAAAUUGAGACAGUCUAAAACGCUGACACCUCCUUCCUGGAAUAACUGUUGAUAUUAAAUCUUAUUAAUUGGGAUUUUUUUUUUAAUUAAAAUGGAAAUCUAAUGAUUUUUUUCCAUAAAAAUAAUUUGUGGGCAUUGGUUGGUUUCAUGUUAAUUGAGCUGUAAACUCUUCAUAGACACAUAUAGGUUUGGGAAAUAAUUGGCAGCUAACCACACCUUUUGUUUGGUACACAGCAACCAUUUUAUUGGAAGUAUGGGUGUUAUUUGCAUUCUUUAAUCCUUGUUGAAAUACAGCCAAAUUAGGAAUGCAGUUGUCAAAUCAAGUGGACAUGAAACCUGUUUAUCCUGCUGUCGGCUCCUGCUAAUCGGAUCACCCACAUUAUCUGUAUUUAUCGAAUCUAUCCAAGUUAAAGAGCUGAUUCACCAAUAAUGGUCUGGUUACCUUAACCGUGUUGGUAAUAAUCUGCAACUUGUAUCAUUCAUUUCAAAGAGGCUGUAGGAGCAAGUCAUGGUUUGUUACCCACAAUUGGUACAUUAAUGUAUUUGACCAUUUCAAACAUACAUCAGUCCUACCUGCCCUUGUACAAGCAGGACCUCAUUAAAUUCACGUAUCAGUGCUUUUCAAAUUAACUCAACAUUUCAGAUCCUCUCUCUUACUUCAUGAGACUGUGUGUGCUUUUUUGGAUUCAUGUACACAUGCAUUUAUUCAUCACAUGGGUCUGUGUUAACGUGUGGCAGAGUUGAGCUAGUUAGGGUGUCUGACUGGGCAUCAUGCUGUUGGGUCAGGGGUUAAAGUUCACAGUGUGUGUUUGUGUAUGUGUGUGUGUGUGUGUGAAGCGGCUGCAUGUGGGCCACAGGGAAGCAUUUUGUAAUGAUUUCGGUUUUGAGACGUGGGAUGGGAAGGAACUGAACAGGAAGGGGAAAGGGUUCUGCUUCACAUGAACUGACUGAGGAGGUCUUUGCUAGUUUGGAUAUGUUUUAUAUAAAAAGG